GCGAUAAAUCAUAGCAAAUUAUAAUAUGAUAUAUUUAUCGACAGGUAUCGCGAUAAAAGAGAUUUCUGCGAUGAAAAAGUUCUUUAUCGCGAUGAAUUUUUCCUUUAGAUAAAUACUAGAAAAAUCGAUGACGGAUGGAUAAAAAUAUCAUUUAUCGCGAUAAAUUUAUCGAAAAUACCCUCAUGGGUCACGAUCUAAUCCGUAUUAAUUGAAAAAGUUUUAGAUAAAUCUUAUCUGCUUUCGAACCAGAUUAUAGAACUUUGAAUACCUAAUUCAGUUCCCAACUUAGCAAGUGUGUCGAAUUGUAAUAGUGUUGAAGAAUGCUUGAAUUAUGAUAGAUUGACCUCAUAUUUUCUCACAUGUAUAGAGAAUAUUUUGGACUAUCUGUUGAUGCUGGCAGAAGUUGCGAAUACUGGAAAAUAUACAUUAGGGAUUUUAGAGUCCUCACUGAUCUUCUCGAGCGAGACUUUCUUAGACAGUUUAAUAUGAAAAUCCGUCAUUAGCCAUCAAUGAAAGUAAUUGUAGUCAUUUUACGCUCACUUACACUUUCUUGAGCCGAUUGAGCGCGCUAAGCUUCUGUUUUUAUACUCAGACCAAGCAAUUGGAUAUAGAAAUAUCAAGGAAUGCUAUUGCUAUGAAGACGAACGCUUUAAUAACCUUUUGAAAUCGAGAACAACGAGUUCUAAGGAGCUUAAGCAGAAGCCAGCAUUCUCUGCCUCAAGGAACUUUGCUAGGAGUAUUAUCUGUACAUCCGAUACUUGAAUGUUUUGUUUAUUCCACACAAUAUUUCCAGUAUUUACUUUGCGACUAAUUAUUUCUUUAUUAUUUAUGAGCUUCUACAAGGCCGUGUGGCCUUUAUUCGUAUGUUCGCCUUUAUGCAUCUGUUUCAUACAGUACAAAUAGAUUCGUAUCGAUCAUUUGUUAAAUAGUACCAUUCAUAUUUUUACAUUGAAAGUUGGCUUCAUUGAUAUAUACAUAUACACUUUUGUAUAGGCAAUGCAACGUGGAAUUAUGAAGAGUUAGGUCCGGAUAUAUGGUAUUUAACGUAUCCGAAUUGUGCUGGAUUCGAGCAAAGUCCUAUAGAUAUUAUAACAUCAUGUACAGAAUAUCAUCAGUUUCAACCAUUUACUUUUUCAUCACAUUAUUCAGCGAGAAAUAAUUUUACAUUAAUGAAUAAUGGACAUACUAUUACUGCAAAAUUACAAGAUCAAACCCAAAAUAAUUUAUUAACAUUGAGUGGUGGAAAUUUAUCUGGUUCAUUUCUAUUUCAAAGUUUCCAUUUACAUUGGGGUGAAAAUGCCAAACAAGGUACAUAUAAAGUAUUAUUUUAG